CCGGCGCGGGCCCAUGGAGCCAUGGCCUAUAGGGUCCUGGGCCGCGCGGGGCCACCUCAGCCGCGGAGGGCGCGCAGGCUGCUCUUCGCCUUCACGCUCUCGCUCUCCUGCACUUACCUGUGUUACAGCCUCCUGUGCUGCUGCGACGACCUCGGCCAGAGCCGCCUCCUCGGAGCGCCUCGCUGUCUCCGCGGCCCCAGCGCAGGGGGCCAGAAACUUCUCCAGAAGUCCCGCCCCUGUGAUCCCCCGGGGCCGACGCCCAGCGAGCCCAGCGCUCCCAGCGCACCCGCCGCGGCGGUGCCCGCCCCUCGCCUCUCUGGUUCCAACCACUCCGGCUCCCCGAAGCUGGGUACCAAGCGGCUGCCCCAAGCCCUCAUUGUGGGGGUGAAGAAGGGGGGCACCCGUGCCGUGCUGGAGUUUAUCCGCGUGCACCCGGACGUGCGGGCCUUGGGCACGGAGCCCCACUUCUUCGACAGGAACUACGGCCGCGGGCUGGACUGGUACAGAAGCCUGAUGCCCCGGACCCUCGAGAGCCAGAUCACACUGGAGAAGACGCCCAGCUACUUCGUCACUCAAGAGGCCCCUCGACGGAUCUUCAACAUGUCCCGAGACACCAAGCUGAUCGUGGUGGUGCGGAACCCAGUGACCCGCGCCAUCUCCGAUUACACCCAGACGCUCUCCAAGAAGCCGGACAUCCCCACCUUCGAGGGCCUGUCCUUCCGCAACCGCACGCUGGGCCUGGUGGACGUGUCGUGGAACGCCAUCCGCAUCGGCAUGUACGUGCUGCACCUGGAGAGCUGGCUGCAGUACUUUCCCCUGGCUCAGAUCCACUUCGUCAGCGGCGAGCGUCUCAUCACUGACCCGGCGGGCGAGAUGGGGCGGGUCCAGGACUUCCUGGGCAUUAAGAGGUUCAUCACGGACAAGCACUUCUACUUCAACAAGACCAAAGGAUUCCCUUGCUUGAAAAAAACAGAAUCGAGCCUCCUGCCUCGGUGCCUGGGCAAAUCGAAAGGCAGAACUCAUGUACAGAUCGAUCCUGAAGUCAUAGACCAGCUCCGGGAAUUUUAUAGACCUUAUAAUAUUAAAUUUUAUGAAACUGUUGGGCAGGACUUCAGGUGGGAAUAAGCCACCAAGAUGCAAAGGCUCUUCUGCUGUCUCUUCCCUGAGGUUUGCCCUUAGAGACUAUGACCCUCUUCCCCCAGCAAACCCAGCCUCCAGCCUCCUUUCCCCACCUUGGGUUCCAUCAUCCUGGAACCAGGAAGCCCAGCUAAGGCCAAGAAUCCAGGGGUGCCUGCCGCUAGGUCUCCCAAGUCUGUCCAGGCAAAGUUGAUCCGCUUCUGGCAUGUCCAGUCAAUUCUGAAUCAUUUCCCUUUGGCCCGUAACAGGCCUUGGGAAAUUGCUUUAAGAAGAGUGGGUCUUCCAAUUAUGAUAGAUAUUGUAAGUGGUGAUGGUUCUGUUGCUAUGAACACAGCAGUCUGUCCUUGUCCCUGUCGCCCCAGAGUGGGCUUGUUAAUUCCAAGAGGCAUGUACCUCCCCUCUAAGCUUUACUCUCCGGAGCCGCGCUGGUUGUGGGAUGGGAAACCAUCCUCAUCCUCCUGACCUUGGCAGCCCAUGGAGAGUUUGCAGAACCGGAAGCACACCCUGGGCACUCCCAAGAGACAGACCCUUUAAUGAUGAAAUAAACCCGAGAUUUCAAAGCCUGUGAUCUCAACAGUGCUUGAAGGGUAACUGUCUCUGAAAACCACUUUGUGACUCUCCCUGCUCCCUCUGGACAAAAGCACAUACUCCUGCUCUUACGGGUACUCUCCUCACGUGAGCUUUCAUGUUUGGCAUGCAACAGAAUCAUGCUUGUCCAUGUGAAAUAAAUAUAGCUCUCUCGUG